AUGACGAAGGAGCGAUUCAUCGGCAGUCCGUUCCCGGACUUGAACGUGACUGAGGCAGAGCGGCGAGAGCUGAUCGAUCUGACCGAAGACUAUGUGGAGGAAUACGUGCAGAAAUACAAGGACUACGUUCUAAUCGACCGGCGCAGGGUGAACAAACGACGGUGGCAGCAUGUCAAGUCCCGCGACAAUUUGCACGUGUACGGUGAACGCUCUCGAAGAGCUCUCGGUCGCAGAGGCACAACCCUCGACAACUCACUGAGCUGCACUCAGCGCUUGAACGUAGUCACGGAUGAGAAGGAUCUGUCGGUGCUUCUCGGCGUGGGGGCAGUCUCUGGAGAGCUUGAAGACCUCAUGUUUGGCGUCAUGAGUUCGACGCUGGACGACAUGCGCAUCAACGCUUCGUACGUGCAGCACAUCAACGACGGCGCGGUGCUGGCCACCGUCGUGGAACCGAGCAAGGACGACCCGUUCCGCUCGCUAGUUAUCAAGUGGAUGGCGAUCGACUCCCCGCUUCAGGCCUCCAACCUCGUCAGAAGUCGAGACUUUGUCUACAUCGAAGCGACUGGAAUUAUCAACCUACCCAACGGUGUUCGGGUGGGCUACCGCUUCCAACACUCCAUCGACUUUCCUCAGACAGAGGCGCUGCCCAACAAAAUCCGAGGCAACUUGUCGGUCUUCUCGUGCUUCCGACAAAUCAGUCGCAACACUAUCGACACUUUCUGCUGUGCCACGGUCGAUCCUGGUCGCGACACCAUUCGCGCACUGUUGUCCUCGGUAGUGGCGAACUUUCUGCUGGCGGCGACCAACUACGCGUACUGCGGCCAGAUGAAGAAGCUCGCGUGGAUGCUGAAGCAUCGUCGCGGUGCUUUCUUGUUGUCUGGGAUGGAGCGACACAGCAGGAAGUGCGUCGUCUGCCGGAAAAGCACCCGCAGUGUCAUGGGGAGCAUUGCGGGGAACACGUGCAAGUUGUGCAGCGGGUCUGUGUGCUAUUCGUGCAAGAUCAGCCAGCGCCUGAGCUUCAACUCGUCGUGUGGGCGACUGCUGCAGCGGAAGAUCGUCUUCUGCGGGAUUUGU